AAAUUAGACUUUUACGACUUACUCUGUUCAAGAUCUUUUUGACAAGCUUGUAAAAGUAGCAAACAGCUUGUGCUCAUGAGUUCUCCUGAUGAUUUUGAAACUCUAGCAAGAAACUUGAGAACAAUUCUACAAGGCAUAGAAGUUACUGAAAUCUUCCCUAUGCUUUUAGUGUAGAUGUUGUAGGUGAGAUUUCUAAUUUGUUGAAAAGGUUUGCUGAAACUUAGAUUGGUUUUAUUAAGGUGUUUGUGAGUUAACUAAUAUGGUUUGUUAAACUUUGUCUUAUUACACCAUGAAUAUGUGUUUUACAAUUGUGUGUUAAGAAAUGAUUUUCUACCUAUAAUUCUGGAUAUACCUUUCCCCUUUUUCCUUGUAGGAAUGUGGUGCUUUAGCGAACUGUUUUUUAUAAAAGAACCACAGGAUGUAACUGUCACAAGGAAGGACCCAGUCAUGUUAGAUUGCCAGGCUCAUGGAGAAAUUCCUAUUAAGGUCACAUGGUUGAAAAAUGGAGCAAAAGUGUCUGAAAAUAAACGGAUCCAGGUUCUGUCUAACGGCUCUUUAUACAUCAGUGAGGUGGAAGGCAAGCGAGGAGAGCAGUCUGAUGAAGGAUUUUAUCAGUGCCUGGCAAUGAACAAAUAUGGAGCCAUUCUUAGUCAAAAAGCUCAUCUUACCCUAUCAACUAUUUCUGCAUUUGAAGUUCAGCCAAUUUCUACUGAGGUCCAAGAAGGUGGAAUUGCUAGAUUUGCAUGCAAGAUUUCAUCAAACCCUCCUGCAGUUAUAACAUGGGAAUUAAAUCGAACAACUCUACCCGUAACUAUGGACAGGAUAACUGUCCUACCAACAGGAGUGUUACAGAUCUAUGAUGUUGGCCAGAGAGAUGCUGGAAAUUACCGUUGUGUUGCUGCUACUGUAGCCCACAGACGUAAAAGUGUGGAGGCCUCUCUAACAGUGAUUCCAGCUAAGGAGUCUAAAUCCUUCCACACACCAACCAUUAUAGCAGGUCCACAGAACAUAACAACAUCCCUUCAUCAGACUGUUGUUUUGGAGUGCAUGGCCACAGGAAAUCCCAAACCAAUCAUUUCUUGGAGCCGUCUUGAUCACAAGUCCAUUGAUGUCUAUAAUACUCGGGUACUUGGAAAUGGUAAUCUCAUGAUAUCUGACGUCAAGCUGCAACAUGCGGGAGUAUAUGUUUGUCGGGCCACUAUCCCAGGCACACGAAACUUUACAGUUGCCAUGGCAACUUUAACUGUACUAGCUCCUCCUUUAUUUGUCGAAUGGCCAGAAAGUUUAACGAGGCCUCGAGCUGGCACUGCUCGAUUUGUAUGUCAGGCAGAAGGAAUCCCCUCACCCAAAAUGUCAUGGCUGAAAAACGGAAGAAAGAUACAUUCAAAUGGUAGAAUUAAAAUGUACAACAGUAAAUUGGUAAUUAACCAGAUUAUUCCUGAAGAUGAUGCUAUUUAUCAGUGCAUGGCCGAGAACAGCCAAGGCUCUAUUUUAUCUAGAGCCAGGCUAACCGUAGUAAUGUCAGAAGACCGACCCAGCGCUCCUUAUAAUGUGCAUGCUGAAACCAUGUCAAGUUCAGCCAUCCUUUUAGCCUGGGAAAGGCCACUUUAUAAUUCAGACAAAGUCAUCGCUUAUUCCGUGCACUACAUGAAGGCGGAAGGUUUAAAUAAUGAAGAGUAUCAAGUAGUUAUUGGAAACGACACGACUCAUUAUAUCAUUGAUGACUUAGAACCUGCCAGCAAUUAUACUUUCUACAUUGUGGCGUACAUGCCGAUGGGAGCCAGCCAGAUGUCUGACCAUGUGACACAGAAUACUUUAGAGGACGUUCCCCUGAGACCUCCUGAAAUCAGUUUGACAAGUCGAAGUCCCACUGAUAUUCUCAUCUCCUGGCUGCCGAUCCCAGCCAAGUAUCGGAGGGGCCAAGUGGUACUCUAUCGUCUGUCCUUCCGCCUAAGCACUGAGAACUCCAUCCAAGUUCUAGAGCUCCCUGGGACCACGCACGAGUACCUUUUGAAAGGCCUGAAACCUGAUAGUGUCUACCUGGUGCGGAUUACUGCUGCUACCAGAGUGGGGCUGGGAGAGUCAUCAGUAUGGACUUCACAUAGGACACCCAAAGCUACAAGUGUACAAGCCCCUAAGUCUCCAGAGUUACAUUUGGAGCCUGUGAACUGUACCACCAUUUCUGUGAAGUGGCGGCAGGAUGCCGAGGACACAGCAGCCAUCCAGGGCUACAAGCUGUACUACAAAGAGGAAGGGCAGCAGGAGAGUGGGCCCAUUCUCUUAGCCACCAGCGACCUUCUCUACACCCUCAGUGGGCUAGACCCCAGAAGAAAAUACCACGUGAGGCUGCUGGCUUACAACAACAUAGAAGACGGUUAUCAGGCAGAUCAGACGGUCAGCACCCCAGGAUGCGUGUCUGUCCGUGAUCGCAUGGUCCCCCCUCCUCCUCCACCCCACCAUCUCUAUGCGAAGGCUAACACCUCAUCUUCCAUCUUCCUGCACUGGAGGAGGCCUGCGUUCACCACUGCGCAAAUAAUUAACUACACCAUUCGCUGUAACCCUGUCGGCCUGCAGAAUGCUUCUUUGGUUCUAUACCUUCAAACAUCAGAAACUCACAUGUUGGUUCAAGGUCUAGAACCAAACACCAAAUAUGAAUUUGCUGUCCGAUUGCAUGUGGAUCAACUUUCCAGUCCCUGGAGCCCCGUCGUCUACCAUUCUACACUCCCAGAAGCACCAGCAGGGCCACCAGUUGGAGUGAAGGUCACGCUGAUAGAGGAUGACACUGCCCUGGUUUCUUGGAAGCCCCCGGAUGGUCCAGAGACGGUUGUAACACGCUAUACUAUCUUAUAUGCAUCGAGGAAGGCCUGGAUUGCAGGAGAGUGGCAGGUUCUACACCGAGAAGGGGCAAUAACCAUGGCUCUGUUGGAAAACCUGGUGGCAGGAAACGUGUACAUUGUCAAGAUAUCGGCAUCCAAUGAAGUGGGGGAAGGACCCUUUUCCAAUUCUGUGGAGCUGGCGGUGCUUCCAAAGGAAACUUCUGAAUCGAAUCAGAGGCCCAAGCGUUUAGAUUCUGCUGAUGCCAAAGUUUAUUCAGGCUAUUACCAUCUGGACCAAAAGUCAAUGACUGGCAUCGCUGUAGGCGUUGGCAUAGCCUUGACCUGCAUCUUCAUCUGUGUUCUCAUCUUGAUAUACCGAAGUAAAGCCAGGAAAUCAUCUGCUUCGAAGACGGCACAGGGCGGAACUCAGCCGUUAUCUCGUACCAGUGCCUCCCUAGCUGGUGGAAAUGAAGGAGGAAAGAACCUGGAAGGGGCUGUAGAAAACCAAGACUCCUUAAUACCAAUGAUGAUGCCCAACAGCUUCAUUGAUGCAAAGGGAGGAACUGACCUGAUAAUUAAUAGCUAUGGUCCUAUAAUUAAAAACAACUCUAAGAAAAAAUGGCAUUUUUUCCAAGAUUCCAAGAAGAUAAAAGUUGAGCAGCCUCAAAGGAGAUUCACUCAGUCAGUCUGCUUUUACCAGCCAGGCACGACUGUGUUAAUUAGUGAUGAAGACUCCCCCAGCCCUCCAAGUCAGACAAGCAGCUUCCCAAGACCCUUUGGUGUUGCAGCUGAUACUGAGCAUUCGGCCAAUAGUGAAGGCAGCCAUGAGACCGGGGAUUCUGGAAGGUUCUCCCACGAGUCCAACGAUGAGAUACACCUGUCUUCAGUUAUAAGUACCACACCCCUGACCUCUGAUUCCUUCACUGGCAGUGAUUCAGGUGGGGAUCCCUCCACAAGGAAGUGUCAAGGCCCUGCAGAGCCCGCGGGUGCUGAGCAAACUUCCUCUUCAGUCCUGCAGCCACCGUCUGCCAUGCUAAGCUUUGAUAAAAAUGAUUUUCCAAUCUAGACAGCCAUGUGCAGGUAUUGUCACCUUUAAUUCUGUUCGAAGGACAAUGAACAGGGAGCCAAAGCCUUUUGUGAAAAUCUUGAUGUCUUAUUGGGUAUUUCAGCUUUUUUUGAAUGUGUCUUCUUUUAUUUUUAAACUCACGUAUUUUGAAUGUUUCAUUGUCAGCAAUGUGAAAAGACGGUCAAGAUAUUUGACUGCAUUAUAAAAAUAUAUCACUGGAGCAAAGGGAAGACUUUUGAAAGCCCCUUUGCUAACUAUCUACCUCAGUUUGCCAGAUGGCAAACUUAGAAGACAACUUUGUUACCUCGUUUGUUGUGCUAGUUUAUCUCAGCUACAUAACCAAUGAUACUUCCUAGUAGCAUUUUGUUUUCAUUGCUGUAUGUGUAAUGUGUGUGAUCAAAGGAGUCAUAUAGGUAGAUGAGUAAGAAUGUUUAUCUGAAGCUCUGAUUUUUUUUUAAAAAACAACAACUAUGACAUUUGCAUGAUUUUUAUAAUUUAACGCACCUCUCACUGUGAAGACUGUUAAACCACUGAGAAGGGAAAAAGUGGGACUGUUGAUUUUAGUGAAUGACCAGGACAAAAAGUGUUUCUCUUGAGACUAGAACUGCUUGGUAGCAUAUAGAGAGUACUGUUGCUCCAAGGGCGUUUAUGUUCCGGGUGUUAGAGUCUGAGCGCUUCACCUGCUGUAUCCCAAACCUCAGCCUGCCGAGAGCUGUGCCUUUUCUACCUUCCCCUUUGCCUGACAGUUGGCCAAAGGCUGCACUGUCUAGUUUCCAAAGCAUCCUCAACAUUUCCAGAGUUAGUAGCAACACUCCAUGCAGAAAACAGAUUUUAAAAGAGAAUGGGUUAGGGUUGUUUUGUUAGUUUGUUUUAAAAUCCCAGGUUGGCUUAAAGGGGUAAAGAAAUUUCAUAAAAUGUUAAGAAUGAAGAUAAGAGUAGACAGUAAAAUGAAUGUGAGGUUAUCAUGGUGACAGUGCCUUCCAUUAUAUACUAUGAAAUUCUUCGCCUUAUAUCUUUUAAAUAUUCAUGAAGUUGUUUAGGACACGAGUACAGAAAGUUGCCUUAAGACCGUCUUGGGUUUUUUCGUCGUCACUAUUUUGAUGUACAGGAUCUUAUCAAAGCCUUCGGUUUGUUACCGUGCAGGUUUUGUUUAGGGAUACAUAUUCAGAGCUCUACCACCUUACUCGUCUUUUCGUGAAUUCUUAAGAGAAUUUGGUACUCUUUAAUCUUCCUUCAGUGUCAAUGCUGUGAAUGAGGAAUGCUAACUCCAGGAGUGAGUUAAUCCUCUUGCUGGUUUGAAAUCAGCAGACCGUUUACUCAGCUGCACAGAUGAGGCCUUCUCUCAGUCUCUAGGUGCCCAGCAGUGGGAGAGGACACAGACUUAAACAUGUGGUGUAAAGGGGGGGCCCAUAUCCUUUUAAAAGUAUUUUUUCAAAUGAUCUGGAACUGAAUUUUGGGGGCUCGCUUUAGAAGGAAUCUUAAUGAGUUUCCCCUUGAAACCUUUGGUUUAUGAAGGGGGCGGGGUUAUGUUCAGUAGUGUUCUAAAAAAUCAAAAGAAUAAUGCUGGCUUAAUAGUCCCACCUCUAGCAUCUCCUAUCCCAGUGUCUGAUGAUACAUCAUAUUUUCAUUGUAUUUUUAAAUCUGUAGUUUUGUGCCAAACUGGAUGUGUUCAGAAGCAGACCAACAUUAAGUGCUAGCAGCCCCUUCUGAACUAAAUUCAAAGUCCUCAUUUAAGCUAUCUAAGUAUGGGCUUUAUGACAAAACAAAACAAAACAGAAAACAAAACAAAAAAAAGCAGAGCUUUAGUUGAACAAUCUGAGGCAAGGAAAAAUGCUGCUCCUGCCUUUAUAGCUCCUGUUUUAUACUACCUCCUUUUAAAGUUAUUCUAGUGUUAUUUUUUUUCCUGUACUCAGGGAACAUUUUGUUAUUUUUGAGCUGCCUCAUGGAAGCAUGAGCAGAUUGACAGGGUAUGGUGCUUUUUGGUUCGUAAGUAGAAGUACGUGGGGCCUACAUUUCUCAGUAUCUAAAAUUAAGGAGUACAAUGAGUUCGUGUUAUGUUUUUAAACUUUCAUUAAAAGGCAAACAAAAUCUAAAGCUGAAACAUCAUCCAUCAUUGUUAUGGAAGAUGUGUCUAGGACCGUAUGAAUUUGAGUAAUUUUAAAAACCUAGAAAGAUGAUCUGAAGUCCUUGAGGAAAGUACUUUGUUUGGUUUUUGAUGAACAGGCCUGUAGUUAUUGUAGAUCUUUAGGCAAUAACUAUUUGCUAAUUAUUGACCAGUACAUUUCUUACUUUUUCACAUUUUCAUUUUGUUCCUAUACAAAUUUUUUCACAAUAAUCCUGUUAACCAAAGACUUUUCAGUAGAAAGUGAAUAUUUGACUGUAAUUUCCCCCACAGAUUGAGUUAACUAGAAACAUCUAUAAAUAAUGAAGCUUACACAAGUAGUUACUAACCCAAAAUAAUAGGGUUUAUAUUGAUUGUUGUAGUUAAAUAGACUAGUAAUUUUAACUACCUUAUUGUUACCAGAGCAUUUAAAAUAAGUUCUUUACCAGUAGAAAGUCCCAAAGAAUUUCAAGUGUAAUUUUUUUUUCUUCAGCAAGUAAAUCUUCAACUAUACAGUAUUAAAGUAUUUUUAAACUGUUGAAACUACUUGUUGGAGAGAAAAAAAAUCUUUUCACCAAAGAUAAAUAUUUUGGUCUCAUUGAGUAAGACAUUUAGUGUACUGCAAAGACUUCUUUUUACUUGGCCAAAGCUAGCUUCUUUGAAGCCUUAAGUAUGAAAUUUUAACUAAAAUGUGAAGGUUCUCACUUAUCUCUUAUAGCGGUGUUACGUCAUGGUAUUUCACUCCAACGGGGCUAAUAUGCAAAUGGUAACUAUUUUCUUUUCCGAAGACUUACUUGCUGUAAGUACUGAUACAUGCAUGUCAUUUUUAUGCCAAAUAUUACAAGAUACUGCUCAUCAGUAUUUUCAUACCAAAGACCAUUAAAAUAUAUAGAUUAGCCUGUAAGUGAGUAAAGAUGAGCAGAUUUGAAAUAAAUUUAUUUAGAGGCUGAUAGGGAAUCUAGCUUUAGUAGCAAAAUAUAUCAAAGGGCUAAGUUUACAUAAUUAAAAGCAAUACAAUUAUAAUGGUAUUUAUCAGUGUUUUUAUUCAGCAAAUUUAAAAAAAACCAAAGAUAUUUAAGGUUACUUCCGCAUAUAGGCAAAUUUAGUUGUACAUUAAAACUGUGGUUUCUUGUUUUUAUGUCUAGCAGAUACGUCUCUCCAGAACCUGGUCUAUAUACAAAUGGCACACAUAGGGACUUUCCAUCAAACCUGCCGAUUCAGCCACAGGAUGUUUUUGCCAAAUGAUGUGAUAUUUUCCUAAGUACCUUGAGCGUGAGAUGUCAACAGAAAUAUCAGCAGGCUUUCCCACUGCAGACAUUAUGGUGGCAGUCCCUGAACUAGCCUGUGUAGUCUUCCUCCUGCCUGAAGCAUUACCUAGUUAAUUCAGAGGCUUAAGGCAGUCCCUUAAUGGUAGGGAUGUUCUCAUCUCUGGAGAGCACUGGGACAUAACAGGCAAACAAAUCACAUCACUGUUUUAGUGGAAUAUACUUUGAUAAAUGUGCUCUUUAAAGUUGUCCAUAAAUUGAAAUAUUUUAAUUACAUCAAGGGAGCCUGGUAUUUCAAGUUUUAGUGGAACCUUGGGUGAAACAAAAAUCUUUUUUAUGAAACCCGAAGUUUUAGAUUUUGAUUAGCCUAAAUGUAAGGAUACAGCUUUAUCCAUGGAGUGGCUUUAAAAUGUCAGCUUUGGCACACCGGGGAAAUUAGAUCCUCAGUGACGUGUCUUUUAUUUGCCUUUGCUUCAAACAAGAGCAGUUGCCAGCAUUGGGAACAAUGACAGUGAUUUGCAUUCGUUUGUCUUGGCGUUGUAUGGACUGCUGCCAGAAACUCGAUGAUGUUGGUUACUCAGGAUCAUUGUUCAAGUCCAUAUGAAGACACCUUUGAAAACAAUUCAGAGUGUGUCUCUCACACACACACACACACACACACACACACACACACACACACGGAAUUGCAAGCUUUUUUUUUGAAUGCAAGAAUAUCCAGAUGUGGCUCCAUUUCAGCAGUAUCUGUAGUGAUUUACAUGUAUGUUUAUAUUUUUCUUGAAUGUAAUUUUGAAUACUGAAUGUAAAAACAAGUUCCGACAUGAUGAAAGAGUCAUGAUCUUCCUAAAUCUCAACCUGUAUUUUGUAGACUGUUUCUGACAGUUUGCCAUGGGUCUCCCUGGUCAGAUUGCUUUGGUUUAAUUAAUAGUCAAAAUAAUUUUUGUGGGCUGUGGACACAGAGUAAAGGGUUCUGGAGAUCACCAUAUGCAGCCAGUCGUCUGUGAAUUUUAUUGAUGUUUAGCAAAACACAUACACAGACGUCUGUGUUUAAUUGAUUUAUGCUCAGGAUUUAAGAUCACAGCCUAAUGCAAUGUGUAUGUUUGCAGGCUUUACUCUUCUCGGGCCUUUGAAGGUGUUUAAGAUUAACAUGACAUUCUUGCAUUUCUAUCUGACAGAUAGUGUAUUUUUUUUUUUCUUAUUGCUGCUGUAACAAAUUACCACAAACUUAGUGGCCUUAAAAUAAUGUACAUCUAUUAUCUUCCAGUUCGUUAAGUCUGCAGUCUGACACAGGUCUCCCUGGGACAAAAUCAAGGUCUGUUUCCUUGUCUUUUCUAGCUUUUAGAGGCUGUGGACCCCUCCCUCCAUCCUCAAAGCCAGCAAUGUAGCAUCUCUCUGAACCUGCUUCCAUUAGCAUAUCUGUUUUCUGACCCCAACCAGGAAAAGUUCUUCAAUAUUAAGGACUCAGAUGAUUAGAUUGAGUCCACCUGGAUAAUCCAAGGUGAUCUUCUCAUCUCAGGAUCCUUAAUUUCAUCACAUUUUGCAAAGUCCAUCUUGCCAUGUAUGGCAACAUGUUUGGAGUCCAGGGAUUUGAGCAUGGACUUCUGUGAGUGGCCAUUAUUUUUCCUAUCACAGAUACACUACUUCUAUAGAAUUCUGAUCCCCAUAAACGUCUACAGCAUGGCAGAGAUGAAGUCUGAAGUCACGUGCCCCUUGGGCAUCUUCAGAAUUUUAAAACUGUGAAAACUUUAGCUUGUAAUCUAGUGAAUGUAUAUGUUAAACUUUCUCUCUAAUUCACUUGCAGAAGCAAUUCAGCUUUAAACUUUUUGAAUAUGUCCUUCAUGAAGUAACACCUCAGUUCUAUGAGUUUAACAGAAAGUUUCCUAAAUAUUUGGCUCUAACAUUAUGACAUUUCAUGAGAAAUUUUUAAAAACUGUCCUCCUUAGAGUUGAACUUUCCCCUUUUCUCUUUCUAGAGACUUUCAUAGGGAAUCCAAGUAGAUGAACAGGACCAUGCUCAAGUUCACUCUUCAUUUUCUUUUAAAAGCAUAUUUUCAGCAGGCAACCUUUCUCCCUUUUAAACGGGGCUUAUUUCUUCAGCUUCACCAGCUACCGACUAUUUAGUUUUCAGUAUGGUAGCCCCUCAAUUUUCCAUCAGUUUCAGCAAGUGCCACCUGGUACCUUAUCCACAUGAAUAACUCCUAGGACAUGUUAUCUUUCUUGUCUUUCUUCUUCUUUGAUUCCAGUUGUCCCUUUCCUAGAAAGUUUUAGAUUCCACAGCUCUAGUUGAUUCUAAUUCCUGGAUCAUUCCAAAAGUCCAGUCUUUUCAUUUUGAAGGAUAGUUUCCGAUUCUACCUUAAUUUUCAAUAUUUCUUCAACAAGGGAGAUAAAGCUAUCUCCAUCCUGGGGUAACAACCAUUAUAAUAUUCUGAGUAAGGAUAAGAAAAGAAUGCUGGUCGUUUUUCAGCUGCUUCUAACUCUAGUCUCUAGAAAAGGAUAGUGCCGUGUACUGAGCAUAUGGGACCUGCCAAGCAUGGGCUUCAUCCCUCUAAACGCUGCAUUCUGCAAAGCAAAUACUAUCCCGUUACAGAGAUCAGGAAACUGAGGCUUUAAAACGGCGAACUUGCCAAAAAUCACAGCCAGUAAGUGGCAAACCCAAGUCGAUCCAACUCCCAGGUUUAUUGGAUUUCUACUAUGAUGCAUUUUCUCAGCUAAGAAAUCAUACUUAAUUACCCAGGCUCGUAGUGCUGUAUCAACACAACCUGUCCAUAUAGUAAUAGCCAGCCAACGGAGAGCAGUCUUAGUUACAUUGAUUUAUUCACAGGAAGAAUUUAGGAGGCUGAGCUGUAACUCACCCUUGUCAUCUCCUCACCUCCCUCUUUCCUCCUUUAAAACUUUCAGUUUCCGCCCUGGCAGGUAUGGCCCAGUUGGAGCGCUGUCUCAUGCACCAAACAGUUGCUGGUUCAAUUCCCAGUCAGGACACAUGCCUGGGUUGUGGGCUUCAUCCCUGCUAUGG